AUGGCAUAUAAUAACAAUAACAACAGUUCUAAUUAUAAUUAUAAUUUUAAUCGACACAAUUCUAUAGGAGGAAAUUGGCAUUUACCUCCACCACCACCUCCACCAACUCAACUUACUUCUAGUGGUGCAUACCACCACCAACAACAACAACAGCACCUGCAGCAACAUUUAUCACCUAAUCAUCCUAAUGGCCAAGAUAUUUUAUCAUCAUCAGAUUCUCAAUUCCUGUCACAAUUAAAACAAAAUCAAAUUCCUGGAUUCCGUAACCCUUGGUUUUCUCAACAACAAAAUUCUACCCCUAAUAUGUUAUCAUCUUCAUCAUCUGCAUCAUCUUCAUUAUCUCAAUCACCGACUAAAUCACAUCAAAUACCAUUAUUACAACAACAUCAACCUCCAUUACUAAAUAAACGAUUAUCAUUUACAAAUAAUUUACCAAUAACUUAUGAACAUGAAAGUAGUAGUAAUAGUAGUAGUAACAACAACAGCAGCAGCAAUGGCAAUGGCAACAAUAAUAACAAUGAUAAUAAUACUAAUGUACCACCAUAUAUACAUCCACCAACUCGUGCUGAUAAUCCAUUUAAUCAUUAUUUUGCCACUCAAGAAGUUACUUUGGGUAGUAAUGACCGAAGAAUGUCGGCUGCUGUAGAUGGAACUCAUUAUAAUCCAUAUGGAUUCAAUCAACAACUUAAUGCUUAUCCUUCUGGUCCUGCUGGAAUUGCUGGUACUCAAUAUCUUAAUAAUCCUAAUUUGGGUCCACUGGUAAAUGCCAAUAGAAGAUCAUCUGUAGGGGUAUUACCCAAUUAUUAUCGUCAACAACAACAACAACAAGUUCAAGAUCAGUCUACUGCUGCUGCUGCUGCUGCUGCUGCGGCAGCGGCAUAUUAUCUUCCACCAGCUAGAUUGGGAAGAUCAGCUCUGAUUGUUCAAUAUCAACAAUAUCAACAAGCAUUACAAAAUCAAAGAAUAACUAAACAUAAGAACCCUGCACCCAAGGCAAGGAAAAUAUAUAAUAAAUUGGAUUUAACGCCUAAAUUCCAUCAACAACCUAAAUAUAGACGAUGUUCUAUAAAUUCAAUUCAUAUAUCACCAGUCAAUGCCUUAUCGAUAUAUUUAACAGAAUCAUAUAGUUUAUGUCAACCAAGAAAAUUCCAAUAUUCGAAAUCAACUAAUCCUAAACGAGUAUUAACUAAACCACUGGAACCUAAAUAUAAUAAUGGGUAUGAUAAUGAAGAUAGUGAUUAUAUUUUAUAUGUUAAUGAUGUAUUAGGAAGUGAAGAAGGGAAAAAAUAUAUGGUAUUAGAUUUAUUAGGUUCAGGUACAUUUGGACAAGUAGUUAAAUGUCAAAAUCUUAAUAAUCAAACUGUUUGUGCUGUUAAAGUGAUCAAAUCGAAACCAGCAUAUAUGAAUCAAUCAUUAACUGAAGUUCGAUUAUUAGAAUUUUUAAAUGCUAAUAGUGAUGGGAAAAAUUUCAUUCGAUUAUUGGAUACAUUUAUGCAUAAAGAACAUCUUUGUUUAGUAUUUGAAAUCUUGGCAUCGAAUUUAUAUGAAUUAAUUAAACAAAAUCAAUUUCAAGGUCUUAAUAUGAAAUUAGUUAAAUUAUUAACUAAACAAUUGUUAGAUUCAAUGGCUCAAUUGAAAAAUUUCCAAAUGAUUCAUUGUGAUUUAAAACCAGAAAAUAUCUUAUUAUGUCAACCCGAUAAACCCAAUAUAAAAGUCAUUGAUUUUGGUAGUGCUUGUUUCACAAGAAAUACUAUAUAUACUUAUAUUCAAUCAAGAUUUUAUCGAUCACCAGAAGUAAUAUUAGGUUUACCUUAUACUGAAUCAAUUGAUAUGUGGUCAUUAGGUUGUAUCGUGGGGGAAUUAUUUUUAGGUUUACCAAUGUUUCCUGGAACUUCAGAAUAUAAUCAAAUUUUUAAAAUUGUUGAUAUGUUGGGUCCUCCACCAAGACAUAUGAUUGAAGUUGGGAAAAAUUCAUUCAAUUUCUUUAAAAAGAAAGUCAACACCACCACCACCACCAUCAACAACAAUAAUAAUAAUACUUCAGAAACAAAACCAAUUUAUGAACUUAAAUCAUUUGAUGAAUAUUGUCAAUUUUUAGAAUAUAAACGACAAAAACAAGAAGGUGCUACAUCUACAACCAACAACAAUACUAAUAGUAGUAGUAGUAGUAAUCAUCAUCAUAAUAAUUAUAAAAAGGAACAACCAAAUAAAAAUUAUUUUAAACAUAAAUUAUUAAAAGAUAUUAUUAUUAAUUAUAAAUUACCUUCAAAAAAAAUGACAAAUUCAAUGAUUGAAAAAGAAUAUCAUGAUCGAUUAUUAUUAAUUGAUUUUUUAACUAAAGUACUCAAUUUAAAUCCAUUAGAAAGAUUAACACCUCAAGAAGCUUUAAAACAUCCAUUUAUUAUUGAUGUUAAUACCACUGAUUUAUAA